CAACAUAUAAUUUCAGUAAUAUCCGUACACCCCAUUAAAAACCCAUAUCGCUCCCGACCUAAUCCUAUGAGGUCAAUGGCACAUCAUGACAAUGGUGAAGGAAGCCAGCCACUCAUCCAUGCAACUCUAGGACAAGCCACUCAUAUAUAACUGUGGCGUGUUGACGCCACAGGCAGUGUGGACACGAGCACAACGCAAAAUGACGUCCAGAAAAAUCAUCUUCUUCGCUGCUGCUUUCUUACUUCUAGCAGUAACAUUAGCAGCGCCGGCUGCAAAUGAAGAAGUAGAAGUCCAAAAGGAAAAUCUUGAAGCACCCGAGAAAGAGGAUCUUAAAACAGCUGCCUCGCAUUGGGGUGGACACUGGGGCGGACAUUGGGGUGGAUGGGGUGGCCACUGGGGUGGUGGAUGGGGAUACCCUUACUACGGUAGCUACUGGGGAUGGCCCUACGGUGGAUAUGGUGGAUACGGCGGGUACGGAUACUGGCCGUAUGGUGGAUAUGGACAUCACGGAUAUUGGUGGUAAAUUUUGAUGAAUACAAUAACAGCCUAUGCCAGUAUUAGAUUUAAUGAUAGUGAUAUUUUAACGAAAUAAUAAUAAAUAAAUAUUUUUAUUAUGAAAUUACAAUAUCCAGAAACAAAUACACACACAUUAUUAUUCAUAAAAACUUUAAAGAUAUGUAUUUUAGCAUUGUAGUGUUUUGUCUCUUUUACUCUAGCUCAAAUUUUAAUGUGAUAAAAUAUGACGUGAACACUAUUAGUUGAAACAUAUUAUUCGACAUUUUAUAGUUUUUAUGAAUAUUAACUUAUUUUUAUAUGAACUUUCAGUUGCUGAAAUUUGUAUAAAAAAAAAAUAUUUUCUUAUAAUUAUGUCCUGUGUUUAUAACAUCGAAGAAAUAUCUAUGCAAUAACUGUAAGAAAUACAGGGAAAUAAAGAAUCUUAAAAUUAUUUAUUGACGAGUUAUGAAACAUAAAUGUAUUAUAUUAUUUGUAUGGGUUACAAUUAGUUUGAUGUUCAAACAAAUAAGCAACGCGAAAACAUUAUUGUUUUACAAAUAUAUACAAUGUUUCAAGUGCAAGACAUGUAUCACAAAUAAUGUAUUCAAUAAUUACGUAUUUAUAAGUUAUAUUAUUUAAAAAAAUAAAGAAAUUUAUAAAAUUGUCAUUUCAAAAGACAAAUUAAUCACUUUAUAUUUUUACAAUUUAAUCUAUAUGCAACAAUUAUAUUAAAUGUUAUAAAUUUAUCAUCAUAUAAUAGUUUUGACUUAAUUUUUUAAAUAAAAACACUUAAAUUUAUAUUUCAUAAUUAUCUUCUGCCAAUUUAGAUAUAUUAUCAUAAACAUCAUAAAAAUAUAAAAUUGUAUUUAUAUAAAUAAUAACAGAGAAAAACAAUCGAUCUAUUAAUAAUGUUGUGAAUUAUUAAUAAGUGAAGUGUGAACAACGAUAAAUACGUUAUAAUAGUAACUAAUUUAACAUAAGUAUUGAAUAAUAUUUAAAUUAAACAUUGUACACUUGCCUUUGUAUAAUAUAGUAUAUACUUAAACAUUUACUAAGCUAGUAUAAGUGAUAUUACUUUUAAAAUUUCACUCACGUUCAAUAUCCGAUACUUGGAACAAAACGGGCUUACGUAUUUAACAAUAACACAUUUUGAAUGUUGAAAAAGUGUGUUGAAUUUUUAUGAAUCAAAUUUCCAAAUGUUGGGUUGGAUAUAAAUUUUUGCACGUUAAAGUUCACAGUUAAAGUGUAAUAAAAUAACAAAAGGUAACUAAAAACAGCAAUGGAAUCCUUUCGAGCAUUAUAAUGACAAAUGUAAAAUACUAUCUAGUUUUUUUAUAUUUGGCUAAAUUAUUAAAAAAAUCUUAUCUUUAUUGAAAAAUAUUAAUUACAAUUGUUAUUUCUGUGAUUGUAAAGAAUUUCAUAUCGAUAUUUUACAAUUGUAUAUUUAUGGUUAUGUUUAUUUGUAAUUAAAAAUUAUAAUAAUAAUACAUAUGUGAAUGAGUGAAUUUUACAUGAAUAUACAUAAGUUGUAAAUCACUGCCUUUACUGUA